AUGAGUGUAUCAUCAAAAACCAAUCAUAUUCAAAUUGGUGGAAGGAAAUCCAAGCUUGCCGUAGUUCAGUCCGAAAUCGUAAAGGCAGAAAUCGAAAAAGCAUUCCCAGAUAUAAAUUGUUCUAUAUUGGCAUUAAGUACAUUAGGAGAUAAAAUUCAAAGUAAACCAUUAUAUUCAUUUGGUGGAAAGUCACUCUGGACAAAAGAGUUGGAGAUCUUACUUUUGGAAGCCGUAGAUCCUUUCCCACAAUUGGAUUUGAUUGUUCAUAGUUUAAAAGAUAUGCCUACAAAUUUACCGGACGAAUUUGAACUUGGAUGUAUUUUGGAAAGAGAAGAUCCAAGAGAUGCAGUUGUUAUGCCAGAAGGAUCAACUUUUAAAUCGUUAAAGGAUUUACCGGCAGGAGCUGUGGUGGGAACAUCUUCUGUUAGAAGAUCAGCACAAUUAACUAAGAAUUAUCCCCAUUUAAGAUUCGAAUCAGUGAGAGGUAAUCUUCAAACUAGAUUAAACAAAUUGGAUCAUCCUGCAGAAGGUAAACCUCAUUAUGCUUGUCUUUUGUUAGCAGCUGCUGGUUUAAUUAGAGUCGGAUUAGGUAGUAGAAUUACGGAAUACUUGAAUGCUCCAGAUAUGUACUAUGCUGUUGGACAAGGAGCAUUAGGAGUUGAGAUCAGAAGUAAAGAUGAAAAAAUAUUAAGUAUAUUGAGUAAAAUAGAACACAUUCCAACGACAUUAUGUUGUUUUGCAGAAAGGGGAUUAAUGAGAUAUUUGGAAGGAGGAUGUUCAGUACCAUUGGGAGUAGAAAGUUCAUAUGAUGAAUCCAGCCAUACUUUGAAAUUGAAAGCUAUUAUUGUUAGUCCAGAUGGGAAAAAGUCGGUUGAAGAUGAAAUAGAGGCAGUUAUAACAGAUCGUCAAGAUUGCGAAAAGUUGGGGCAUGAUUUAGGUGAUAGAUUGAUCGCCAAAGGAGCAAAGGAGAUUUUAGAUGUUAUAGAUUAUGAAAGAAUUAAUCAACCACCUAUUUCAAUUCCUCUGAUUCUGAAUCUGACUCUGACUUUAAAUCUGGCAUCAGAGAUUCAAGCUUAA